AGAUAAUUUAAGUAAGUACCUCUGAAUAGUUAGAAUAGUAUUCAAAAAAAUUUAAAACUGAAGUUAUUGUCUACCAAUAGUCAGAAACUCAGAAAUUUAAAAACCUUACAAACUACACAAACACACUUGCAAUUCUUUUUUUAUCAACAUGAAUCAUUCAUAUCCAACUAUAAUCAAAGAACAUAGUUCAUGUGAUCUUCCAAUAAAUGUAAAAUAAAACAAAUUGACAAGAUUAAAACUUUCUCAUAUUCCUCCUAACUCGGGUUGGUCAUGCCAUACCAUGGACAAUUUUAUUACAUUUACUUUCUAAAUUGAUCUCAUUAUUUGGGUCAGUAAGUUAUUUAGGCCUAACUGUAUUUUAGAAUAGCCAGUUUUAAAAAUUCCUGCCUUUUCCAACAUUUUACAUUUUUGUUCAAGAAAUUAGGUUAAGUUUACACAACUUGUGUUAGUAUGGUGAUAACCUUAAAUGUCCAAAAAGUUCUAAUGUCUAUAUCGGUUAUUAUUAUCAAACCAGAAAUAUUUACGGCAGGUUUUUCAUGUAGGUACCUAAAUGGAUAAUAUAAAGCUUGAGAACACCUUACUAGCCGACAUACAAUGUGAACGGGAAUUUGUAAUGAGAAUUUAGGCAGACUUUAAUUAAGAUUUUGUGAUACAAGUGAAUUUAUGUGAGAAUUUUAUCUACAUCCAUAGAAUGCAGUGUAGAAAGUUAAAAUUUCUGACAUAUUACUGAUAAGUGUAUCAAUUAUUCUAAUACUAAUGCCCAUAGUGUAACUAUGUAGGAUUUCCUAAAGCACAGAAACUAUAUUACAGAACUCCAGAAAAUAUCCAAGUUAACAUUACAAAUUGCUUUUAAAUUACCUAUCUAAAGAGUUGUUAUUUAUGUAGCUUUAUACAUUCGAGUUUCUCUAUCAAUGUCGAAUGCGGGAGAUAUCACAAUCUCACAAGAUUCUUAACUACUUGCUAUCUCAGUACAUUGGCUAACAGGUUUGUGGCCUAUAAAGUAACCUCAAACAUCUCACUUGUAACAAGUGCCUUUUGAUGAAUAUUCACAGUACACUUACGUCGUGUAUUUAUACGAUUUCUCGAGCGGUUCACAGUACAUUGAUGCGUCAUAACCAAUAGAGGAAAAAGAGAAAAGUCGCCACGACAUGCCGACGGCAAGGUGAAAAGUCGAUGUACGACUCAACUUAAGUCAACAUGAGGAUCUUAUUCACGAUAUCUUUCUUCAUUAUCAGUGUAUAAAUACGGAAAAAGACGAAAAGCAACACAUUUCACAACUAAUUACCGUGUCAAGAUGUGUGUCAGAAAGCCAGUACUUGUCAAACUUGACCACGUUCAAUAAACAACCUACUAAACAUAACGCGGCAAAUCUAAUAAUGAGAAAAUUUCACUUAAAAUACAGUGGAAUCACACAAAAUCGACAGAAUGUUACAAUGUACAUAAAAAAAUACAGUUGGAAAGUACGUACGCGCGACAGUGGCCAAACCACGUGUAGAGCUCAUAUAAAGCAUAAAAAUACUCAUAAACCAUGUCUGCGGAAAAGAGGCCGGCUAGUCCAGAGAAAGCUGAGGAAUCGGAAGAUGCCGACGCUUGGAUCGGCCCUAUGCCUUCAGAGGCUGCUGUAGCCAAACCAAAGAAAAGAAAAGUUCUGGAGUUUGAGUCAUUAUAUUUGGACAAUCUGCCGUCAUCGGAGACGUACGAGCGGAGUUACAUGCACAGAGAUGUGGUCUCGCAUGUUGUAGUCACCAAAACAGACUUCAUAGUCACAGCCAGUCAAGAUGGACACCUCAAAUUUUGGAAGAAACAGGAGGAAGGCAUAGAGUUUGUGAAGCAUUUCCGCUGCCAUCUCACCACCAUCAGCGACAUAGCGGCCAACAGCACCGGCUCCCUGCUAUGCACCGCUUCUCCAGAGAAGACACUCAAAGUCUUUGAUGUUGUCAAUUUUGACAUGAUCAACAUGAUCACUGUGGAGUUUGAGCCAUACCGAGUAGAGUGGGUGCAUUCUGCUGGGGACCCCAUUUCAGCAUUGGCAGUUUCAGAGAAAGGUAGCAACAAGAUCCACAUAUUCGACGGCACGCAGGCGGCAGGCACCCCGCUCCAUACAUUCGAGACUUUACAUCAAAGCACAGUGGCCACCAUUAAAUAUAAUCCGGUCUUCGAAACAGCGGUGUCCGUCGAUAAAGCUGGUAUAGUAGAAUACUGGACGGGCCCGAAGCACGAGUAUAAGUUCCCAAAGAACGUGGAGUUUGACUCGAAGUUAGACACAGACCUCUUCGACUUCGUCAAGAACAAGACCUAUCCGACUUCACUUGUGUUCUCUCCUGAUGGGAAAAAAAUGGCGUCCAUCAGUUUGGACAGAAAGGUGCGUGUGUUCAAUUUCGUGUCAGGCAAGCUGAGCAAGGUGCUGGACGAGAGUCUGCAGCGCUUCCAGGAGUUGCAGCACCAGCACCAACAGCUGCCCAACAUGGAGUUCGGACGGAGAAUGGCCACCGAACGAGACUUAGAAAAAUCCGACUCAGUCCACUUCGCGAACAUAGUAUUCGACGCGAGCGGCCAUUUCGUGCUAUACGCGACCAUGCUAGGCGUGAAGAUCGUCAACCUGGUGACCAACCGCUGCGUCACCAUGCUAGGCAAGCCAGAGAACCUGAGGCCGUUACAUUUGGCUCUGUUCCAGGGCCGAACCAACCAAUCGAAAGUGGCGUCAACCCUCGAGAUGGAAGGCUCAGAGAACCCGACCCUGCUCAACAUCAAGACGGACCCCACGUUAUUCUGCACCGCCUACAAGAAGAACAGAUUCUACAUGUUUUCUAGACGAAGUCCUGAUGAUAUAAAGAGUCCGGAUGCUGACAGAGAUAUAUUUAAUGAAAAACCGUCCAAGGAAGAUAUUAUAUCAGCAACAGAAGGGCAAGGCGUCCAACGAAUAUACGAGCAAGCCAUCCUCCACACCUCCCUCGGCGACAUCCACAUCCGUCUGUUCGGCAAGGACACGCCGCGAGCCGCCGAGAACUUCUGCGUGCACGCGAGGAACGGAUACUACAACGGACACAUCUUCCACCGAGUCAUCAAGGGCUUCAUGGUGCAGACCGGGGACCCAACAGGUACUGGCACGGGCGGUGAAAGUAUCUGGGGUGGCGAGUUCGCGGACGAGUUCAAGCCACACUUGAAACACGAUCGACCUUACACGGUCAGCAUGGCCAACGCUGGACCCAAUACUAACGGCAGCCAAUUCUUUAUCACGCUAGCACCUACGCCAUGGUUAGAUAACAAGCACACAGUCUUCGGUCGCGUAGUUCGCGGCAUGGAGGUAGUACAAAACAUCGGGCAAGCCAAGACUAAUCCGAAGACAGAUAAGCCCUACGACGACAUACGGCUAGUAUCCGUCACUGUCAAGUAACUAGUUAAUUAGUUAUAUAAUCUAAGCCUCAACCACAGACAGUAUAAGCCCAGUAUUAUCCCGGAGCUGUAAGUUCCUCUUUUUGACACAUGACAGCGUCCACAAAACGUAAACUCGUGUGACCUAAUGAAAUUUUAAAUAAAAUGCUGUAAUAAUGUUUAAAAAAAUUAAGUACUA